UCUACUAACAGAACGGUGUGAUCUCUCAGCUGAAGCAGACCUGGACUUGGUCGUUAAAGAGUCACACCGCAAUUACAGUAUAUGUUUAAAUAACUAACUCUGAAAUCGCCAAAGAUGUGUGUUUAGCGAUGGACCGCCCUGCUAGCUAAAGCAAUUGUUAGCUAGACAGCUGCGCAGAAAUGGGCGUUCACUGCUUAGCUUAUACUCAGCUAGGGGCCCAUGCCAGUCACAGCAUCGUGUUUUGUGGGGUUUGGAAGAAAUGAAGAAUUAACCUACAAGAUGUCCUGACACUGUAUCCUUUUUUAGCAGCAUUGGUCGUGGCGGACUGGUUCUGUUGCAUUUGAUGCGCAAUUCUUGGAGACAACUCAGAAGAAUCACACGGCUGUGUCUUCACGAUGAGUGACCUUGAACUCCUCACAUGCUGAAACCAAGAAAUGGAAUAGAUACAACUCUGGAUUAACAGAGUGUGAAGCAAAAGCUCCUCCUGACCUCAUCUUGCACGACAUAGGCCUGUUUGUCUGGAAACAAGUUAGGCUUUAAGCCAGUACCAGAGAUGCCCGUAAGAAGGCAUCCACACAGGCUGCAGCCUAGCUACGCCAACUGAAAGCACCAGACAACUACGUCUCUUGUUUAGAGGAUGUCCUGCUGAUUGGACGCAACGUCUCAUUCUUCUUCCACCUCUCCAAAACGUUAUUAACGUUCAGUGUGUGCCAGUGUGUACAGUGAAUAAUGGUGACAAAAAAUGGUGCUUGAAUGUAGCAUCCUUGUGCCGGGUAUGCUAAAAGGGGUGAGGCUCUCUCAGAAAAGUAUAACAGCUGACUGAUAGUCUGCUGCCCAAAAUGGAUUCCAAGUUAAAAGAGGACCUGUUUCGGAGGUAUGUGACGGCACUGGAGAGGCGUCUGGAAGAGGGAGGGGAAUACACAAGGAUUGGAACUGCACCAGAGGGGGACAAAAGCAGACACAAGGACAAUGAGGCCCUACUCUCCACAGCCACAGCUCUACUAGGGGCCUACCAGCCAGAUCCGGCACAACGUUUCCGUAUGGUGCGUUUCUAUGAGGUGGUGGAGAACUCGCUCCGUUGCCAGAGAGGGAGCAACCUAAAGAGCCUGGAGAGAGCCUUCCACACCCUGGAAACUAUCUGCACCAACCUCUUGCUCUUCCCUUGGAAGAAGGAGUUCAGAUGUAUAAAGACCUUCACUGGCCCAUACGUGUACCAUCUGCAGUCUGCCAUUUCUGAUGCUGAACUCCGAUCUCUAAUGCGCACCAUUGGCUACGCCUGUGACCAUGAUUCGCAGUUCCAUUUGCAGGAGCACCCAGGAGGCACAAAUCAUCUCCGCCAGUUAGCGUUUGAGCUCUUCCUGGCCCAGGCAGAAUGUCGUCUUCUGGGAGAGGUAGUGGCUCUGGCCCGUGGUUCAGCCUCAGAGCUGGAGGCCCUGGAACUCCGCAGAGGUUGCAGAGAUGAUGCAGCUGGCUGUGCUGAGGCGCUCCGCAGACGCGAUAGCCUUGGGGCAGAUAUGGCUCGGCUGUCUGUGCGGCCGGUGGAUAUAGAGAGGCCACAUGCCCACCACCUGAGGCGAGGUAGCCGACCAUCUAAGUCUGUGGAUGUUACAGAUGGGGCUGGUCACUGGCACGCAGCGGUUAGCAAGCCUGUCUUGAAGGCCUCAUUGAGUCUGAGGAAGGAGCCUCUGUUUGUGGAUGCAGAGGAAGAUAUGAAGGAUGAGAUCAUCAGGCCCAGCACCUCAGCAUCUCUCUUCUCUGUGGUGGCUCCACCUUCUUACAGCCCUGUUGCAGAUUUCCACCCAAUUCAGUCACCUCCCCCGGCUGAUGCUUACACAUCCUACCACCUGUCCUCUUUGGAUGAGAUUGACUUGUACACCGAGAGGGGUGGUGCUGGGACGGGAGGAAGGCAGACUCCUUCUCGACCCCCAUCCAGAGAGCCUCGGGAGGCAAGGGAUGGGUGGCUGCUUAAAGCUCAUGGUAGUGUGAAGUGUCAGGGUUGUGGACUGGGCUGCUCAACUAUGGCUUCCUGCCAGAGGUGUGACAUGAUUCUCUGCGCUGCCUGUCAUGAUGUGGACCCCUCACCUUGCUGUGGCCUCCAGGACUACCACCCCAAAUCCCCACGACCCCUUGAUGGAUACAUGCCUGUCAAGGAAAAGCUCUCUGUCUACUCUAAUACUCACUCCCACUCCCAUCUCCACCCGCACCCCCUCACACUGACUCACUCGCACUCUCACCCUCAUCCUCACCCCCAGAUGGUGGAAAAACCCCUCAUGUCCACUAAGCUGUUUCCAAGCAAGUCUGUUGCCUUGACAACGCCAAAGGGAGGCAGCAGUGAGCGAAUAAGCAUGGGGGGAUCGCGGUGCGGGUUUUGCAACAAGCCAGGUGCAUCACACACCUGUGUGAACUGCUCUAAGGUGUCAUGUGACUCGUGCAUGGGCUUGUAUGCAAAGGAUGUGUGCACGCGAAAGAAUCCCCAGCACAGCUUUGUGCCCAACCAUCAGCUCAACUUCAAAUCUGGCACCAUAUCUCACCUGGUGUACCGAUGAAUCAGGCAGACAAAAUAUUUUGUUUCUCCUUUGUCGUUCCCUCCCUUAACCUGCGGCGUAGUCUUGCACUAUUGCUUUAGCUCUGUUUCAAGUUCAACAACUCGUUCACUAUCUUCCCCUUUAUCUGAUGGUCUUUUUGCUCUCUCUAUGACUCUCUUGAACUUUGUACAUUUUCUCUUACCGUCAGUAGGGCCCUGGAAUGCACAUGCCACAGAGAGCCAUAUCGUGCCCAUCUCUCUGCCUUGUACAAGUUCAGGCCUUUUAUCUAUUUCUUCUUCCUUUUACCUUGCUACCUGCUCUUGAGUAGUCAUGUGAUGUUGUAGCGCUUCCCAAAUUCCUCCCCAAAUUUUGUCCUCCUCAAAAGGGAAACUAGAGAAAAGAGAGUUUAAUUCCUUCUCAUCUUGAAUGAAUUCCGUCCAAAUGAACAUAUAUAUAUAUAUAUAUAUAUAUAUAUAUAUAUAUAUAUAUAUAUAUAUAUAUAUAUAUAUAUAUAUACUUUGCCUAACUUCUCAGCUAAAAAUUCCUCUAAUAUAUAAAAUAUAUAAUAUAUAAUAUAUAGUGUGUGUGUGUGUGUGUGUGUGUAGGAAAGACCUCUGAGCUUGCAUUGUGACAAAGGAGUUCUUUUUAAACUUGAAAAAUAUUAGGGAAAACAGAGAAAAACACACUGGAAGUCAAUAAGUAAAUAGUAUAUAUUUUUAAUCUUUAGAAUAAUGUGAGACUGUUAAAUGGGCAUGAGGUCUGGCAUUUGGGAUUUUUGUGAUACAAACAUAUGUCUGGGUGUGGGGUGGGAGAUAUCUCAAAGGGACAUAUUGAGACAAUGGUCAGAUGCCAUAUAUUCUAUUUAAAAGAUUAUGCCUUGUAAAUGAACCCUCAAUUAUUUCUGGUUAUAUGACUGAGGUUUAAAUGCUGCUGUUGAUUUGAGACAUUGAAGAUGUGUGGUGUUGACUUCUUUCUGGUAAAUUGCCUGUUGAGUUGUGUCAGUUCCAAGCCCUCUGCCCCUUUUCAUUACACUCCUCAAGCCUCCAUGGUCCAUGAUGUUGUACUACCCCCUUACCAGAUCAGUGGCUCCUUGCCAGUCUCAUGUGGGGUCACAGAUGGUCUCACACUGGGCUACAAAUCAAGUGAUUGCAGUUCUUUGAUAGUGUGUGAGCCUAUUGAUUGGUUUUAGACUUUAUGAAAGUGUAAACUCUGACAUGGUUUCUGUCUACCUCAGAUAGCUUCAGCUUAUACACCCAGUUUGACAUUGUGGUUUCAAACUAGCCCUAAAAGCCUAAGAAAUACAACAGCUUAAUUUGGUUGAGUCUUCAGAAAGUUUUUAGCUUUAGUUUUAUUGUGAUUUCUGAGCCUGUAUUUUGUGUUGAUGGUGUACUUGAUUGCAUAGUACUGUAAAUCGUUUGCUCAUUCAACAGACAAAAUGACGGUAACAGCUUAUAAUAUCUUGCAGUUGAGUACAAGAAGAGACUAUGGGCUCACAAAUGACAGUUGAAUUGAUGCCUCUAGUUAAAAACGCUAUUGUGUUUAAAAAACUGUGAACAUUUUAGCUUCACAAAGAUAGUAUUUAUCAAAUGGCUGUUGCACUAUAUUUUAUAGGGAUUGUUGUUGAUAUUGUUGCAUCCACCCACCAAUACAACACAGCAAUAUCAGUUGUGCAUGCCUUCAAGUUUUGUGCUGAAUUUCCAAGUUUGUUAGGUUUGCAUCUUAUUUUCUUUUGCAUAUUUUAAGACCCCCCAAACCCCCCCCCCCCCCCCCCCCCCCCUCUUUAUUGGGGGCUAAUUUUGUGCAACUUUGGUUAGCAUGAGUUUACUCAAGUCACUGCUAUUUGCUGUGAAAAUUUAAUUUAACUCAUCAUAGGGGUCAUCAUAGGUGAACAAACCUUGCUAACAUUUAAUACAGUGUCACAAAUUUAGAGGGUAUUUUAGUGUUUAGGCUUUGAUUCUCCAUUAAAGAGGAGAAUUAAUGCAGUAUAUUGCAGUUGAUAGCCACCAAGGGCUAAUUUUAAAUCACAUUUCAUUAAAAAAAAAAUCUGUCUGGGUUAUUUUGACAGACAUUUUUGGCUACCAUAGCCUUUAUGUUCUGUCGGGAAUAACUGCUAAAUGCCUUAAGCUCAUUCAGCUCAGCUGUCCUGUCCUGGAGUAUUUUCAUUUUUUUGUGUUUUACUUUACAUUGCUCUGUUUUACCAGCCUGUAGGUUACGCAUUAUCAUGGUUUUGCCAGGCUGGAUGAACUACAUACACAGCCUGUGCUGUCACAGCUAAGCAAAGAAUUCACAGUAAUUCAAAAAUACACUGUAGUAUGGAUUAACCACCACACAGGGUUUAUAAGACGGAGCAUAUUGAACAUAUUAUCAGAAUUAUGCAGAAAAUUCGCACAUUGUAGACCAGUAAAUAAACUAUAGGCUUACAGGGGUUAGUGUCUGUAAUAACCAUAUUUUGCUUGGAAGUCAAAUUUGACAUACAUUUUCUUUUGCUUACAGAUAUUACCAAACAUACAGUUGGUUACAGGGAGUGAUGUCUGAUCUCAUACUUCUGUUCAUUCCUUCCCUUUAAAACAAAGUUUUGUGUUUUGCUACUUUAUCACGUUAAACAACAUAAAGAAGGGUUUUUAUACUGUUUGGAUGUAGCUUAAGGGUUCUUUGAAUGAUGUCUUUGAAUCAACAUUAGCUAACUAAGUCUUGAGUGACCUUAGGGGAGGUGUGCAAUUGUUUUUUUUUUCAUCUAACAAAGCCUUUCUAAAUUGUUUUGAAUAUUUAUCAUAGAUAUAUUUUAGUUGCUCGACUCCGUUCAUUGCAAAUCAUACCAGCAACAAAGAUGACUUUCCGAAGUAUUGAGCCAUGUUGCAAGAGUGAUCAUAUUGCCAAAUGAAGAACAAAUAUCUUAUUGGAGUAGAAAACAAAAUCCUGUUGGUUACCUGGAUGUACAGUUAAUGUAAGAUAAAUCUGUGGUUUUGCUAAAGUUUAGCCUUAUGUGUGUAGAUGUGGGCCUUCUUAAGAAGCCUAGAAAGAGAAUAAUCAACAUAGAUACCUACCCCCACACCAUGGGACGUGGAUUUGACUCAGAUCAGUGAACUGAUAAUUUGCAUAGGUCACUACAAAGGGCUAAACAGUCUUCAGGGCUGCUGCUAAGUUUGAGGACACUGUUUUAAUCUUUUAAUGAACAACUGACUUGUCAUAGGUAAAUCUCUAAUGUGGAGCUUACUUUACAUUCAUUGGUGGAGAUGAAUUACUGGUGUUGGAAAAACAAAAGAGCUAUUUUUAUUUUGUGUCAUGGAAUACAUUGAGCCAUUUGAACAUGAUUAGUUUAACCCAUGCCAGACACACUCAAGUCAUUGUGGAAGUCAAUACUCCCUUUACCUCUUUGUGUGGUUAUCUUACUGAUAUUAACAGUGGUGGUGUACUUAGGCAGGCCCUUUACCAUUCCCUGUUUCCCAAACCCUUUCUUGGCAUGCUCCGUACAAGGCCCAAACCCACGACUCUUCUCCCUCAACCCUAUAUGUACCCUCACCCAUUGUCUCCCUUCUUCCCCCUUCCCCCUUGGCACUGAGGAUCAUUGCACAAUGUCUAUGUGAAGGGGUAUGGACCUUACGAUCAAUAUGUGGGCAUACAUGGGGGUGGAAAGGGAAAAUAGCCAAAAUUGUUAAUUGGUGAAUACAUAUAUACAUGUAUACAUGUAUUUAUGUAUGUAUGUAUGUAUGUAUAUAUGUAUGUAUAUAUGUGUGUAUGUGUGUUGUAUAUAUAUGUAUAUAU